CGACCCCACAUACCUUGCUUUUCUACUUCCCUGACGGGCCGUCGACUGCAGGUUUAUCGCCCCGCGUCUUUCUCUCAACAUGUCGGGAUACGACCACUCAAAAGUGCAGCAUUUCAUCGGCGGGAAUUCUGUAGACAAGGCCGCGUCAGGGAGUGUCCAAGCUUUCGUCAAGGCCAAUGGAGGGCACACCGUCAUCACCAAGGUCCUCAUCGCUAACAAUGGUAUUGCGGCGGUCAAGAUGAUUCGCUCGAUCCGUCAGUGGAGCUACGAGACUUUCGGGCACGAGCGCGAGGUCGAAUUCACUGCGAUGGCGACUCCGGAAGAUCUCAAGGUCAACGCAGAAUAUAUCCGUAUGGCAGACCGAUAUAUCGAGGUGCCGGGAGGUGCCAACAACAACAACUACGCCAACGUGGAUCUCAUCGUCGAUGUCGCUGAGAGAGCUGGCGUGCACGCAGUCUGGGCCGGUUGGGGACACGCGUCGGAGAACCCGCGUCUGCCGGAAAGCCUGGCCGCCAGCAAGAACAAGAUCGUGUUCAUCGGCCCUCCCGGGAGCGCGAUGAGGAGUUUGGGAGACAAGAUCUCUAGCACCAUCGUCGCGCAAAGCGCACAGGUCCCGACCAUGGCUUGGUCCGGGACCGGCAUAUCGGAAACUGCUCUUUCCGAGUCCGGUUAUGUGAUUGUCCCCGACAAUGCCUAUCAAGACGCAUGUGUUACAAGCGUCGAGCAGGGAUUGGUCAAGGCGGAAGAGAUUGGCUAUCCCGUCAUGAUCAAGGCUAGCGAGGGUGGAGGCGGUAAGGGAAUUCGAAAAGUGGAGAAGCCCGACGCCUUCAAGAAUGCCUACCAUGCAGUUGCCGGCGAAAUACCUGGUUCCCCUAUUUUCAUCAUGAAAUUGGCUGGCCAAGCUCGUCACCUUGAAGUCCAGCUCCUCGCUGACCAAUACGGAAAUGCGAUCUCUCUUUUUGGUCGAGACUGCUCUGUGCAGCGUCGCCAUCAGAAAAUCAUCGAGGAGGCGCCUGUGACCAUCGCCAAGGAGGAUACCUUCGAACAGAUGGAACGCGCUGCUGUUCGACUAGCCAAGCUUGUUGGAUAUGUCAGCGCGGGAACUGUCGAAUAUCUUUACAAUCACGCCGAAGACGACUUCUACUUCCUUGAGCUGAAUCCUCGUCUCCAAGUGGAGCACCCGACGACUGAGAUGGUCUCUGGGGUCAAUCUGCCCGCUGCACAGUUGCAGGUUUCCAUGGGUAUUCCUCUGCACCGUAUCAAGCACAUUCGCCAGCUCUACGGGGUGGCUCUCAACUCGUCGUCCGAGAUCGACUUUGACCAGGUCAAGCCCGACUCGAACCAGCUGCAGCGCAAACCUCGACCGAAAGGGCAUGUAGUGGCUGUGCGUAUUACGGCUGAGAACCCCGAUGCUGGGUUCAAGCCUUCGUCGGGAUCUAUCCAAGAGCUGAACUUCCGAUCGAGCACCAAUGUGUGGGGGUACUUCUCUGUCACCACCUCCGGCGGUCUGCACGAGUUUGCCGAUUCGCAGUUCGGUCAUAUCUUCGCGUACGGAGAGGACCGGAGCGAGAGUCGCAAGAACAUGAUCGUCGCGUUGAAGGAGCUGAGCAUUCGCGGAGAUUUCCGGCAUACGGUCGAGUAUCUCAUCAAGCUUCUCGAACUCGAAGCGUUCCGGAACAACACGAUUACCACCGGCUGGCUUGAUUCGCUGAUCAGCAGCAAGCUCACCGCCGAACGACCAGACGCCACACUCGCCGUUGUGUGCGGUGCAGUCACCAAAGCAUUCCUCGCGUCGGAGGAGUGCUGGACGACGUACAAGCAGAUCCUCGACAAAGGUCAGGUGCCCACACGUGACAUCCUCAAGACGGUGUUCGGCGUCGAUUUCAUCUACGACAAUGUGCGCUACUCGUUCACGGUUGCGCGGUCUUCGUCCAAUGGGUGGACUCUGUACCUCAACGGAGGGCGGACGUCUGUCGGUGCCCGUCCUCUAGCUGACGGUGGACUGUUGGUCUCGCUCGACGGACGCAGCCACUCGAUCUACUGGCGUGAGGAAGUCGGCGCUCUGCGUCUGAUGAUUGAUGCCAAGACCUGCUUGAUCGAGCAGGAGAACGAUCCCACCCAGCUUCGCAGUCCCAGUCCUGGAAAACUCAUCCGGUACUUCCUAGACAGUGGCGAUCAUAUCAACGCUGGCGAGCAGUACGCGGAGAUCGAGGUCAUGAAAAUGCUCAUGCCUUUGGUCGCGUCGGAAGAUGGAACGCUGCAGCUGAUCAAGCAACCCGGAGUCAGUUUGAGCCCCGGCGACAUUCUCGGAAUCCUGACAUUGGACGACCCCACUCGAGUGAAGCAUGCCAAGCCUUUCGAAGGACUGCUCCCUUCGAUGGGCCAGCCGGGAGUGAUCGGGAACAAACCUCACCAACGUGCUGCCCGCUGCUUGAAGGUGCUGGAGGACACCCUCGAUGGCUUCGACAACCAGGCUGUGGUGACAGCGACAUUCAAGGAGCUUGUUGAGGUUCUGCACGAUCCUGAGCUGCCUUAUUCAGAGUCCACCGCCAUCUUGUCUGCUCUUUCUGGCCGGAUGCCCGCCAAAUUGGAAGAGAGUGUCCGCUCUGCCAUCGAUGCUGCCAAAUCCAAAGGCCCUGCGCAGGAGUUCCCUGCCGCCCGCAUCAAGAAGCUCCUCGAGCAUUAUAUCCAGGACAACAUUCUGGCACAAGAUCGGACCAUGUUCCGCGCUCAGCUGGCCCCUGUGUUCGAUGUGCUUGACCGCUUUGCUGGUGGGCUGAAGGGCCACGAGCAAGACACGGUCUCCCAGCUGCUUGAGCGCUACGCCUCGACGGAGAAGCUGUUUGGAGGCAGCAUCGAGACACGCAUCCUCGCGCUCCGAGACCAGCACAAGGACGACCUAGACAAGGUCGUCUCCCUCGUGCUGAGUCACAUCAAGGCCCAGAGCAAGGCCAAGCUCGUCCUUGCUAUCCUCGACUAUGUCAAGUCCAGUGCCUUCAAUGUGUCGAACGUCCACGGGCGGCUGUACCAGGUCCUGCAGGAUCUCGCGAUGCUCGAGUCCAAAUCUUCGACGCAGGUCUCUCUCAAAGCGCGCGAAGUGCUCAUUCUUGGUCAGAUGCCCUCUUACGAGGAACGUCUGGUCCAAAUGGAGGCGAUCCUCAAGUCGUCGGUGUCCAACACCACCUAUGGAGAGCAGGGCAACGGCCCGAGAACGCCUUCGCACGACGUUCUCAAGGAGCUGAGCGACUCGCGCUACACCGUCUACGAUGUGCUACCCGCAUUCUUCAAUCACGAUGAUCCGCUGGUGACGCUCGCCGCGUUCGAAGUAUACAUCCGCCGCGCGUACCGGGUGUACAAUUUGUUAUCUGUCGACUACGAGGACGGAGAUCUGCUGGACGACGACAUCAGCACUGUCACGUGGCGAUUCAAUCUGGGACAAUCGCAUUCGCCGCCCUCGACACCUCGUAUCGAUGUGGCACCCAAGCGGUCCGGCUCAGUUAGCGACUUGUCGUAUCUGAUUGGUCGGCAUCAGUCGCAACCCGUCCGGACUGGCACCAUCGCUUCGUUCAUGACGUUCAACGACUUGACGCGAGGGUUCGCCAAGGUUGCGGCGACGCUUCCGGCGUUUGACCUGAACGAGCACCGCCGCCGCUAUGGCAUCAACAUCCAGCCGCCCAACGUCAUGAACAUUGCGCUGCGCAUUCUGGACGAGGCGGACGACAUGGCUGAAGACCUGUGGGCGGACAAGUUUGCUGCGCUGACCAAUGAGCAGGCUGGGACGCUUGCCAAGCGCGGUGUGCGCCGCAUCUCGUUCCUGAUCUGCCGCCCCGGGCAGUAUCCUGUCUAUUUCACCCUGCGCUCGAACGAAGGGAAGUGGAUCGAGGAGCAGGCGAUCAGGAACAUCGAGCCCGCGCUGGCGUUCCAGCUCGAGCUCAGCCGGCUAUCCAAGUACAACCUCAAGCCGGUGUUUGUCGAGACCAAGCAGAUCCACAUCUACCACGGUGUCGCGCAGGAGAACCAGCUGGACAACCGGUUCUUCGUCCGUGCGCUCGUCCGCCCCGGUCGUCUCAGUGGCUCGAUGAGCACUGCGGAGUACCUCAUCUCGGAGACGGACCGUCUCGUGACCAGCGUGCUCGAUGCUCUUGAGGUUGUGACCGCCAACCAGCGCAACGCGGACUGCAAUCACAUCUUCAUGAACUUUGUGUACAACCUCGCGGUCACAUACGACGAUGUGCUGGCUGCCAUCUCGGGCUUCAUCGAGCGGCACGGGAAGCGGCUCUGGCGACUGCACGUGACGGGAUCGGAGAUCCGUAUUGCGCUGGAGGACGACGAGGGCAACGUAACGCCAAUCCGCUGCACGAUCGACAACGUGUCCGGUUUCAUCGUGCACUACCACGGCUACCAGGAGAUCUCGACGGACAAGGGCACGAUCCUCAAGUCCAUCGGGGACAAGGGCCCGCUGCACCUUGAGCCAGCGCAUCAGCCGUACCCGACCAAGGAGUCGCUACAGCCGAAGCGGUACCAGGCGCACCUCAUCGGCACGACAUACGUUUACGACUUCCCGGGCCUGUUCUCGAAGGCGCUCACCAACGUAUGGGUCAAGGCACGUGCCUCCGAUGCGUCGCUGGUCAUGCCCAAAGAGUGCCUGACAUCCAAGGAGCUCGUUCUGGACGAGAACGACCAGCUGACCGAGGUCGACCGGGCCCCAGGCAACAACACGUCGGGCAUGGUCGCGUGGGUGUUCACGUUGUUCACUCCCGAGUUCCGCCAGGGCCGGAAGGUCGUCGUCGUCGCGAACGACAUCACGUUCAAGAUUGGCUCGUUCGGGCCGACCGAGGACCAGUUCUUCUACCAGGUCACCCAGUACGCGCGAAACCUCGGCCUUCCGCGGAUCUAUCUCUCGGCGAACUCUGGAGCGCGCAUUGGCCUGGCCGAGGAGGCGCUGCCGCUGUUCUCGGUAGCGUGGAACGACGACGGACACCCUGAGAAGGGCAUCAAGUACCUCUACCUCACGCGCGAAAACUUUCUCAAGCUCGAGGAGAAGGGCGGCGACUCGGUGCGCACGGUCGAGAUCGACGUCGACGGCGAGAAACGCCACCAGAUCACCGACGUCAUCGGGCUGCAGGACGGGCUCGGUGUCGAGUCCCUCCGGGGCUCAGGGCUCAUCGCCGGCGAGACGUCGCGGGCCUAUGACGACAUCUUCACGAUCACCCUCGUGACCGCGCGCUCCGUGGGAAUUGGUGCGUACCUUGUGCGCUUGGGCGAACGAGCGGUGCAGGUCGAGGGCCAGCCUAUCAUCCUGACGGGUGCGCCUGCGCUCAACAAGGUGCUCGGGCGGGAGGUGUACACGUCGAACCUGCAGCUCGGUGGGACGCAGAUCAUGUUCAAGAACGGCGUGUCGCAUCUGACGGCGGCCAGCGACCUGCAGGGUGCGACACACAUCCUCGACUGGCUGUCGUAUGUGCCCGAGGUCAAGAACGGCCCGCUGCCGGUCCGAGAGUCAGGCGACAGCUGGGACCGCGAGAUCGGGUACAUGCCGCCCAAGGGCGCGUACGACCCCCGCUGGUUCAUCGAGGGCAAGAUGGAGGAGGAGCAGUGGCAGUCCGGGUUCUUCGACAAGGGCUCGUUCCAGGAGACGCUCAGUGGCUGGGCACAGACUGUCGUCGUCGGCCGCGCCCGUCUCGGGGGCAUCCCGAUGGGUGUGAUCGCUGUCGAGACCCGGACGAUCGAGCGCGUGGUCCCGGCCGAUCCGGCGAACGCCGCGUCCUUCGAGCAGCACAUUAUGGAGGCCGGGCAGGUGUGGUACCCGAACUCGGCGUACAAGACCGCGCAGGCCAUCUUCGACUUCAACCGCGAGGGGCUGCCGCUGAUCAUCUUUGCGAACUGGCGUGGGUUCUCCGGCGGGCAGCAGGACAUGUACGACGAGAUCCUCAAGCAGGGCUCCAAGAUCGUCGACGGGCUGUCGAGCUACAAGCAGCCUGUGUUUGUGUAUAUUGUGCCCAACGGCGAGCUGCGUGGCGGUGCCUGGGUCGUGCUCGACCCGUCGAUCAAUCCGGAGCAGAUGGAGAUGUAUGCCGACGUCGAUGCGCGUGCGGGUGUGCUCGAGCCGGAGGGCAUCGUCGAGAUCAAGAUGCGCAAGGACAAGCUCGUCAAGCUCAUGGAGCGUCUCGACUCGACGUACGCGCAGCUCAAACGGGACAGCAGCGAUGCAUCGAAGACUCCUGACGAGCGGGCCUCAGCCUCGAUUGAUCUCGCGGCACGAGAGACUCUGCUGCAGCCGACAUACCAGCAGAUUGCACUGCUCUACGCCGAUCUACAUGACCGAACGGGCCGCAUGGAAGCCAAAGGCUGCGCCAAGCCAGCCAGCUGGAAAGAGGCGCGCCGGCACUUCUACUGGGCGUUCCGCGCCAAGAUCGCGCAGUCGGCAGCGCUGGCGCAGAUCGCCGCCGCGAGCCCGGGGACGUCGUUUGACUACCGUCUGCGGCUGCUGCGUUCGCUGGCGUCGAUCGAGGCCAACGCCGCGCCCCGCGCCGUCUGCGAACAACUCGAAAAGCUAGACCUCGCGCAGACUGUGGCGCAGCUGCGGAGCGAGCAUCUGAUGCGCAACUUGCUUGACCUGACGAAGGACGACCGUAAGGCGGCGAUGGACGGCCUGCUGCGGUUCGCCGACAACUUGUCCGAGGAGGAACGCACGUCCCUGAUUGGUGUCCUGCAAAGCGCCGCUCGGCCUGCGGCCCCUCCCUCCUACGUGUAAAAUGAAACAUGUUGUCGCACUGCAUUCAUAUAUUGUAUAUUACAUGGCAUAGAAUAUUAUCAUCAACAAUCUUGAAUCACACCGGACUGAGCGA